AUGGGAAAUAAAUUUCCCUGACAGAGAUCCAUAAUUCCGCAGCCCAGCUCAGUGUUUACAUUGCCUCGAGCUGUUGUUACGCCCGUGACAUGCCUUUUGAGACUUGUGUAGAGAUGUGAUCUUUUCGUCGUUUGGAUAUACUUUCAAUAAAAAGAAACCAGUGUCUAUGGUAAAAGUUAACUUUGUAUCUGGGUGAAGUGACAACAUGCCGAAAGGCGGCAAGAACAAGCUGAACCUGACGAUUUCCGUGUCUGAACCACAGACAGACGGAAGCGAUCGUCAGAAUGGAGCACAAGCCAAUUUAGAAGCUUUGCAACAAAAACUGCAAGAGCUUGACAUUGACGAUCAGCAGAGAGAGAGGUUAGAGGAGUUUCUUUCACAAAAACAGAAAAUUGGCGAGCUGCUUGAAGAAGACUUUGAGAAACUCGGGGAGUUGGGAGCUGGCAAUGGAGGUGUAGUCACCAAAGUGCUUCAUCAUCCUUCAAAUCUGGUGAUGGCGCGAAAACUUAUCCACCUUGAAAUCAAGCCAAUGGUCAGAAAUCAGAUUAUCCGUGAACUGAAAGUCCUUCACGAAUGUAACUCGCCCUACAUUGUUGGAUACUAUGGUGCUUUCUACAGUGAUGGUGAAAUAAGCAUUUGCAUGGAGUAUAUGGAUGGUGGCUCCUUAGAUUUGAUACUAAGGAAAGCUGGCCGGAUCCCAGAGCCUAUUUUAGGAAUUAUUACCAUUGCAGUGCUUAAGGGUUUGUCGUACUUGAGAGAAAAUCAUCAAAUUAUUCAUCGUGAUGUCAAACCUUCAAAUAUCCUUGUGAAUUCACAUGGAGAGAUAAAGUUGUGUGAUUUUGGUGUCAGUGGACAGCUGAUAGAUUCAAUGGCAAACUCCUUUGUGGGGACCAGAUCUUAUAUGGCGCCUGAGCGGCUUCAAGGCAGCCACUACUCGGUUCAGUCAGACAUUUGGAGCUUAGGUCUUUCUCUGGUGGAAAUGUCCAUUGGUCGGUAUCCAGUACCCCCUCCAGAGGCGAGAGAUCUUGCCAGCAUAUUUGGGGACAAUGCGAACGAAGAGCAUAUGGAAGCAGCAAUGACGGGCAGGCCUUUGAAAGGCACCCGCAAUAACUAUAUGGUACCAACGCAGGGGGGCGCUGCUGAGGCACCGCGAUCUAUGGCCAUAUUUGAGCUUUUAGAUUACAUUGUGAAUGAGCCUCCACCGACUCUCCCGAAAGGACGAUUUUCUGACGAAUUUGUUGAUUUUGUUGAUAGAUGCUUAAAGAAGAAUCCAUCGGACAGAGCUGAUCUGCAGUCCUUAGUGAACCACCAGUUUGUAAAAAAGUUUGAGAACUCGGACAUCUCCAUCGGCCAGUGGGUCUGCAAAGUGAUGAACAUCAACCCGAGAUGAGUGGCCAGAGGUUGUAGUGAUCAUGGGCUCCAGACUGUGGAGCGACCAUUUUCUGCGUACAGUUGUGCAUGUUUGGAUGAGUAGGAACACAGGUGUGUCCUGUGUGUCUGCUCUAGUAUCGAAUUUUUCUGUGAAUGCACCUUAAUGCAUUGUGCCAGACUAUUUUGAUUUUUUUUUUUUCCCCAUAAAUAUUUUUAGGGUUAUUACGCUGUUUUCAGGUCAUGUUGAAAAUUUGGUGGUUGGAGGGGGCAUUGUAUUUUAUUAUUGUUGUUUUGCUAAACGUUUUAGUAGGACCAUUCAGAAGUUACGAAUUGAAAAUAAAAUUUGCUUUUUUUUAAAACUGGAAAGGUUUGCGAUGUUUUUUAUACUAAUUUCUCUUCGAGUGGACUGAUUUUUGAAAGGUUCAAUUUUUGUAUUUAACAUGUGGUAUCUUAGAUGAGUGUGUGAAUGAAUGCUUGUAAAUCAUUUAAUAAUUUUUGCUUGAAAUGGUUUCCACUUUGCAAGAUCUUUCACAAGUGUAGCAUUAAUACAUGCUUGCACAUUCAGCUUAAAUGGUGAUAGAAAAACCCAGAAGUGCUUCAGUCUUACAAUGUGAUAACUACACUGAGACCUGAAGUGCUGUCGAGGGAUUUAAAAAUAAUCUAGAAAAUGAGAGGUGUUUAAAUGAACAUUUUGAAUACAGGCGAAAUAUUUUUACCGCAUGCAGAACUGAUUCGCUUUUCUAUCAUUCUCUUGAUUGUGGGAGAUGUUUCCGAGUUUGGCAAAUUUGAAUGAGUGAAUGACUUGGGAGAGCUGUCUUCUUGGCAGAAGGAAACUCAGCAUCAACCUCCCCAUCAUAUCCAGGGGUAAACAGUAGGGCAUAUUGUGUGAUUUACGUUUCAUUGCUCAUCUGUAUCUUCAAUGAUGAAAUGAUUAUUUGUUUUCCCUUUUUGUUUUUUUGUUUAUUCGAUUGUUUUGAAGAAGAAUGUGAUGGAAUCUGAAUGUUUUGUGUAUGUAGGGCGGGGGAUGAUAAUGAUAAGUCGUGGUGUAAUGUUCUCAAUGUUUCACAUUCCUCUUUGAUGUAUCAUGUCACUGUCAGUGUCAGUCUUUCUGUACUGAGUUGUGCUUGCUUUGUUGUGUGCUGUCAGUGGGCAUUGAGGAGGAUUCUUUUCACAUUUAGGUUUGCUCUUAUUUGUUUUGAGCUAUGGAUGCUUUCUCCAUCAUAAGAUUUAUAUAUAUGACAAAUUUUUCACGAUUUGUAUCCUCGCAAGAACACUAUUUUGCCCACGUGAACAUAGACACUUGCUGGCUGAUAAUUUAUGUGAUGAGAAAUUGCGGGGCAUGGCAGAAGGAUCAGUUACCUCUAUAAAUAAGCGUUGUAUUCAUGCAUGUGUCUGUAAUAAAAGCUCAUUUUUAGGGAUUAAUGUGACAUUUUUGUCCGAUAAAGUCUGCACUCAUUGAUUGAAUCGUGUGUUUGUGUGAGCUGUGAAGGGUAGCAUCAAUAUUAAAGAGAAAAAAAGCACUAUGCUUGUGUUAGCAGUCCUGACGUGCGUUAAUAGUUUGUAGAAAACUGCCAACUUCUGAUGUAAGAUGAACAAAAGUUACCUCAUUUGUCACAAAGUUGUUCUUUUCUGUUGUGAUUAUGCUUCUCUCUUUUUCCUAUUAAAAGGUAGAAACUAAUUUGUCGCAUUGUGCUUUCAGACUGUUGACUUUCAUAUGAUUUGGUUGAUAAGUCUAAAAAGUUACUUUGUGAUAGUACUUUUUUUUUACAUUGAGUUACAGCGAGAGAAAAAAUGGGUGUAAAAAUUGGAAGGUGACAAAUUCAUUUUUAAAUAACUCAAGUUUGUAUUGUUUGAUAUUGUCUUUAUUUGUUUGAUGUAAGUAUGUACUUAUGGUUGUUGUGAAGUGGCUUGAUUAAGGUCUCCUUGUUAGUGGCUUUGGGCGUGUCAAGACAAGCUCGAUCGAGUUUCUUCAGAAAUUGUCUUUGUAGCUGUGAAUAGACAAAGCUUUCCAUUUGUGCAUUAUUUCCUCUUGAAAACAAGUUCACAAUAAAAUUCAGAGAUUCCAGACAAUGAUUUUUUUUUGUAGCUGCUGAAGUUUGAGCACUCUAUUUUUUUGGCCUCAUUUUUAUGCAGAUAUGAAUGAUUUUGCAAAGCUGAUUGGCAUCCUUCAGUGGUUCUUCUUGUUUUCCCAAGUCUGUGAUAGAUCUGGCAAUGUUUGGCAUUGUCCAAUUUGUAUUGGUAUUGGUACAAAACAUUUGCAGGGAUAGUAAUAUCUGUUCAUAAAUGUUUGGACACCUCAAAAAGUAUACGUAGGCAUUUUUUGGUUCUUUUUGGUUUACUAAAUGUUACAUUUACUACGCCCUGUCCUAUAGCUCUUCUAUAGUUCUCCUGUUCAAUCAAAUGGGGGGGGGAGAAUAGAAGAGUUGGCUGUUCUUGGGUUUGGAGUGAAAGUGUUUGGGGUUUUGUUUGGCAGGGCCUGGUUUGAGAUUAGGUCUAGGGGAGUCAAAAGACUUGAUGUUGUAGGGGGCGUUGCUGUGUUUUGGCCUAUGAUGAGGUUUAGAUAGUUUGUCGACAGAUUCCAUCUGCUCUGUUUGUUUUCUGGUCAGCUCCAUUGUCCUAGCUUAUUGCAGUAGGUCAUUUAAAGUCAUAUUUGGGUUUGUUAGUAAUGUUAGACCCUUUUCCUUGACCUUGAUGGAUGAGCAGCCAAAUAUCAGUUGCGACUUGAUUUCCUCUUCUGGGUUUACAAACUGACAUGUUCCGGCAAACUUGAUGUACCGGAACGACACUUGUUGAUUCAACAAAUUCACUCUCUUAUCAUGAUUUUGUCACACUCUAGUAACACCCUAGUAUCCAAUUAUAAAUAAUAAUGAUCAUACGUUUUGUGCCCAACACAAUGUUUUGAAUCAAAGCAGCAUUUGUGUAUGCCGGGCUUGUGAAAGACUCUCUGAACACUAGACACAUCAAAGAACCGGUUAGAUUUACACUGUACACACCACGCACGCACACACUACACAGACCGGCGGGAGGCUGGGAUCGACUGCGGUGUAGGACUCCACCUCGCCGUGUGGAGUCCGGAUUAAGUUGCCUGAUAGUUUAGCGCCUUUGUGAUACCCCUCAGGGCUGCACAGCUCACGAGCAUGAGAUAAAAUCCCCAGUUGAACACAGCUACUAAUGGCGCUUAAUGUUUCCUCAACAACAUUAGCACAAGUGCAGCAGUAACAAGGCUUUUUUCCUGUUUGGGAUGUAGGUACUGUAAACACUAGAUACACUGUGUUUGAGAGAUUACUAAGUAGUAAAAUCGACUCCUUAGAGAUUAAGAGAAUAUUCAGUUGGGGGGAAGGUUUUUGUUAUCGGUGCUCUGGUUUUUGCUUUUUUUGUUAUUUAUUUUGUACAUACAUAUCAUAGAUCCUAUUGUGUUCAUGAUCAUUGUAGAUUAAACGAGUUACAAAUGUGUUAUGGCUACUUUUGGUCAAGAUUGUCUAGCUUUCAGACUUUAUUGUUAAAUAUUAAGAAGAGCAAAAGAGUUGAAGUCACAACUGAAGUAAGAUUACAAACUCAGACCCUUCUUGUGAAAGUUAUUACACUAAACAGCCCUUUGAAAGCUGUCACUAUUUCACGUUUUGCUCCUAUGAGGUUGUUGGAGAGAGGAAAUGUAACCUUUUCUCCAAAAAUAGACAUCAGUGAUCACAAUAAAUAAUGCUUUCAACUUGAACUUUUUCGGCUGAGCACAUAAACAACAGUGUCGAUUUUUUAAGGCUGUGGCACCAGUAAAUGUUGUUCAAAGUUCAGUUGAAUCUCCCGACUAUAAAUAUAAAGUGAAAAUAUAAAAAAAACUUAAAAUGAGUCCGCUUUGAAAAAUCUACACGUCUUGGUAAUUUGUCAGUGAGAAAGUAUGGAGGUUUUUCAAGGUCUUUGGCUACAUAAAAACGUAGUAAUUGUAGUAGUAGGUAGUGCUGCUUACGGUUUUUGAGAAAAUGUCUUGAGACUGGGGGCAUGAGUGUAUGUAGAGAACUGAAGGAAGUCUGCUCUGUGAGAGAUAUAAUUGACCUGACUAUGCAUCAUGGUGAAGGGCAUGUUGUGCCAAUGUGUUUUCCGUUUCUGUUGUAUUCCCCCAUCUGUCUGUAAGAUAAGCACCAUUUUGGUUUGGAUUUUGUUUUGAUGUGUGUGCCCUUCAACAGUUGAGAACCUGCGUCAGUUGUGCAAAUGACGAGAGUUCAGUUUCUGCUUUUGGAAGUCUAGUUACAUUGAGUGUCUCUGUUUUUCUGCUGGGAUGCUUUACCCCUCUCAGCAUGAUAAGUAAGGGCUAAGCAGCCGGUCCCUUAGUUGAUCUAAAUUUUGUUUAUAGGAGGUCUGCCCCAAAUCAAUCCAGCUUGUUUUUGUUGUUAUCGAUCCAGGUCCGCCCCUCCCCCCCCCCCCCCCCAAAAAAAAGAAAGAAAUGUGUUUGUGCUUGUGAAAUUUUAAGAAACAGCUUCCUAUCUUUAGAUCAACUUCUUUAUCAGUAAAUUUGAAGAUUUUUGCUCUUUCACAAGUGAAAUGUGUCAAUUUUUUACUGUUUGUAUUGUGCAGUUAGUAAUCCAGAGUACUUUGUAUUGCCUUUUGUACCAUACAAUUUUAGUUUAGUGCACAUGUUGUGAACAAAUGACGUAAUGUUUCGCGGAACUUGUUCGGAGUGUGGCUGUUAUUGAUAGCCUUUCUUGUUUUGUAAUGACUUUUCAGGACUGAAAGAAAGCUUUCAUCUACAUCUAAUUUAUUGAACUUUCUGCAAAAGAAGUAUUUUAAAAAUAGCACUGGAUUUCAAGAAAAUACAUUUUUGUUUGUGACAGAACAAUGGACUAUUUGCCAUGUAAAGGAAAACAAUAUGAGACACUAAGCAGUUUUUUCAGAAGAGAUGGUAUUUAAUAAGGGAUGUAUUGUUCUAAGGGAGAGUGCUUUAUCAGAUGUUAACUCACUGAAGACUGAAGGAUUUUACUAUGUACAGGCACCGAAAACUGGAGGUUUUUGGGUUUUUAAAAAUUAAGUUACAUAAAAUCUGAACCAUUUAAAAAAAUACAAUGCCCUUUUGACACAAUCAAGGACAAUACAGUAAACAUACCAAAGUACAAGUGUAAAUCUCUGCUGGAUUAUUUGUCAUGAUUUUUUAGUGAAAAAGUUAAAUUCGAUGUAAAAAAAUCACGAAUAAGAAAAUUAGAGACGUCAUAUAGACAAUCACCGCAAUUUACUACACAGUCUUAAGCAGUCACCUAACUAAAAAUGCUCUGGAUAAAAAAUUAUCGAUCGACCGAUAUUCAGGAAAUUUUUUGUGGAACGAAACAAAUGGCUACGCAUACGUCUAAGUCUAAGCCAGAUCCCGUGCUUUUAGCGGCAUUUAUAAAGACGCUAUCGGCAAUAAUGACAAUACUACGUUUUCCACCGGAACCCGUGUUUUUAGCGAGAAACAUCUUCAGUGAAUUAAAACAAAGUCAUCUUCAGAAAUGAAAAUGUAGUUCAGUACCCUGCUUCCCUCACUGCUUUUACAAUCAGAGUAUUCAGAGAUAAAGCCUUUAUCUUUUCAGUACCGUACAUCUUUUUUUUCAUCGGUCUUAUGGAUGGCAUGAACUCGGCUCCUCUCUAUCUCAAACGAAGUUAAGCGUGUUGUCUUCAAUUAUGGUAAUUAUUAUAUUCGUUAUAAUCAUUGUUUUGUGCUAAAGCAAGUAAUGACAUUCUUUUGUAUGUUAAUUCUAAAUAAUAAGUAUCAUAUGCUGUAUGACAAGCUUUGGAUGUCCCUCCCUCUCACUUUGCCAAUUGCACAAGGUGUAUGUCUGUAUGAUUAUUCUUUCAAUGAAUUUUGACAUGGAUCGAAAUUUAUCCGAAUAUUGUGUUGAAUUAAAGUUUAUAUAUUAUAUUUAUAAAAUGAAUAAGAUCUUUAGACUUUUCAUUGAAGGUCCUCGGCCAAUAUCGCAUUGUAUGUUUACUAAAAAGUGUACAAGUUAUUUUCUCAUCCUGCGUGACAUCCCUUGAAGUUUUUCAGUGCUGAAAAAGUUUCCACCAAAUUUUUAUUUGUUAAUGUUUCAACCUUUUGAGAAUAGCUUAUAAAUUCGAAUGAAGUUGAAAAAAGCUGACAGGGUGGGAUUCCACGAUGUGAACGGUGUGCUAAUCCAUGUCAGUGUCUGUGUGGUUAGGUUUAAUCUUUUGGGGUUCAUUUUUUGUUUUGUUUUGUAUUCUGCUUAUUUAAGUCUUUUUACUUUAAAUUUAAAGUCAACCAUUGAAAAUGAUGUUAACUGAUAAUAAUAAUCUAGUUUUAGCUGCUCUAACAAAGACCAUAGUGCAAACAACUGAAAGUGAAAUGAUUGCUGUACAUUGUUCAUGCAUUUUUUUUACAGUGAAGAAAAAUUCCUUGACUGUAGCAGUUACAUCUUCUACUGACCCACAACUAACACUGGAAUGAGUAAUAAUGUGUUCAUGUCUUGUAAAUGGAGUUUGAAGCAAAAAAAUAAUAAAAACUAAGUAAAUAAAAUAAUUCACAAUAAAUGAGAAAAGGAGAAAAAAAGGUA